AUGACUGGGGAAAUUAUCACACUUCAAAUUGGUCAAUGCGGAAACCAAGUUGGGAAGCAGUUUUGGUCACAAUUGAUAAAAGAACAUGGCAUCGGGAGAGAUGGAAAAAGCGUAGUGGCAGAUCCUGAUAACGAUGGAACAGUUAGAGAGGAUGAUCCCACCACGUUCUUUCGUCAAAACGAUAGCGAUCGGUUUACGCCGCGAGCAUUGAUGUUUGAUCUAGAACCAAGUGCAAUUGCAGGUGUACAAAACACCUUUCCUGGAUUAUUCAAUGACAGAAACCUGUGGGUUUCAAAAGAAGAGCUGGGCGCGGGAAAUACGUGGUCGAAGGGCUACGAUUACGGCCUUGAAAACCAAGAAGAGUUCAUUAACAUGAUCGACAAAGAAAUAGACGCAACAGAGAACUUUGAAGGAUUCCAGCUCUUACAUUCCGUUGCAGGGGGUACUGGCUCUGGUCUUGGAUCCAAUCUCUUGGAAGCCCUUUCGGACAGAUAUCACAAAAAAAUCGUGACAACAUACUCAGUUUUCCCCAGUAGCGAGUCUGAAGUAGUCAUUCAGCCGUACAAUACAAUUUUGACUUUGCGAAGGCUAAUUGAAAAUAGCGAUGCAAGUGUGGUGUUUGACAACAAUGCCCUUUUAAAUCUAGCCACAAGAGUUUUUCGAGAUAGAAAUACUAGCUAUGAACAGACCAAUCAGCUGAUUGCUAGCGUUUUGUCUUCUGUCACCAACAGUCUAAGAUUUCCCAGCUACAUGUACAAUUCGCUGCCUAGUAUUUUUUCCACUUUAGUACCGACGGCAGACUUGCACUUUCUGGUACCCAGCUUUACGCCUUUUACUGCGGACUUUAUUCCAGAGGUCCGAGACUUCAAGAAAAGUUCAGCGUAUGACGUUGUGCUGGAUUUAUUCGAUAAAAACAACGGCAUGGCUCUACGAAGUAAUGACACACCCGUGUACCUGAGUAUUUUUGACUCUAUCAUUGGCCCUGCAGAUCAAACAGAUGUAACUAGGGCCAUUUUAAAGGCACAGCAACGCAUUAAGUUUCCGCCUUGGUCGCCUACUGCCUUACACGUCAACUUAGGAAGGAAAUCCAUUUAUAAUGUGACACCAGAUAGUGACAGAGUAAGUGGUAUGAUGCUGGCCAACACAAGUUCUGUCACUACUUUAUUGCAAAAUGCUUGUUCAAGCUUUGACGUUCUAUUUCAAAGAGGUGCGUUUGUUCACAUGUACCAGAAUGGGAGAAUGUUUCAAAACGGGGUUGAUGAGUUUGUAGAGUCUCGUGAAGUUGUUCAGUCGUGCAUUGAUCAGUAUUUUGCAGCUGAACAAGAAAGCUUUCUAGAUGAUGUUCUUAUUGAAGAUGAAAACAUGGUUGGUGAUGUUGACGGACUGGACGCUGAUGGUGAUAAUAUUAUUUGA